AAAUACAAACACGGCUUUAUUAGAGACCCGUUAGUGUUGGGACCAAACAAUAAAGUGUCAGAUGUGUUGACCAUUAAGAAAGAGAGGGGCUUUGCGGGCAUUCCGGUGACCGAUACGGGCAAACUGGGCGGCAAACUGCUCGGCAUCGUUACCAGCCGUGACAUUGACUUCAAAACCCAAGACAUACUCAACGAACCGCUCUCGUCGGUGAUGACCAAAAGCCAGCACCUGGUGAUCGGCGCCGACGGCAUUACCCUUCAGGAGGCGAAUGAUAUACUCGAGAAGAACAAGAAGGGAAAGCUUCCCAUCGUAGAUAAGGACCAACGCCUCACCGCUCUUAUCGCUCGCACAGACGUUAAGAAACACCGCGACUACCCGUUGGCCUCGAAGGACGAGAACAAGCAGCUGCUCGUCGGCGCCGCCAUUGGCACACGUGAUGGCGACAAAGAGCGGCUCAAGAAACUGGUGGACGCCGGCGUCGAUGUCAUUAUUUUGGACUCAUCUCAAGGCAAUUCUCUGUUCCAAAUAAAUAUGAUUAAGUAUAUGAAGAAUGAGUUCCCGAACGUACAGAUCAUCGCUGGAAAUGUCGUAACCGUAAAUCAGGCCAAGAAUCUCAUCGACGCGGGCGCUGACGGCCUGCGCAUCGGUAUGGGCUCGGGUUCCAUAUGUAUCACUCAGGAGGUGAUGGCGUGCGGCCGACCGCAGGCCACAGCCGUGUAUAAGGUGUCGAAAUACGCCCGAAAGCACGGCGUGCCGACCAUCGCCGACGGCGGUGUCUCAACAGUGGGUCAUGUGAUUAAAGCGCUGGCGUUGGGCGCGUCAGCGGUGAUGAUGGGCUCAAUGUUGGCCGGAACUACCGAAGCGCCCGGCGAUUACUACUUCUCAAACGGCGUUCGCGUCAAGAAAUAUCGCGGAAUGGGUUCUAUCGACGCCAUGGAGUCGAAGGACGGAGAGGGGAGUCGUCAACGAUAUUUCCAGGGAGAGAACGAUGACGUGCGAGUGGCACAGGGAGUGUCCGGCGCUAUUGUCGACAAGGGAUCCAUUCAUCGGUUUGUGCCGUAUUUGAUAACUGGGAUCAGAUACGGCUCCCAAGACAUGGGUAUCCGUAGUAUAGAACUUAUGAAAACCAAAACAUAUUCGGGAGAAUUGCGGUUCGAGAAGAGGACGGCUUCGGCACAGAUCGAGGGCGGAGUUCACGGACUCUAUUCGUUAGUUACAAAUCGGACCAAACUUUCUAAACAUUUGAACUAA